GACGCUCUGGGCUGCCGGAGCCGGGAGUCUAUGGUAGUGGAGGACUGAGUGCCUGGCAGGGGUGUGGUCCCCGGGCGCCGCCCACGAGGCGGCUGGAGCCGGGCCUGGGGCAGUGCAGUGCGGGAGGAUGCUGGCCCUCAGAUUAUGUACAGUAAAGAAGACCACUUCUGUUCUGGUGAGAGCAUUGAUUUCCCAGAGCAAUGGUUCCAAGUCUCUUCCAGAUAUGUCUGAAGGGCACUUACCUAUUCAUGUGAAUAAUGUGCGAAGCAGAUUGAGGGCUAUAGUGGGAGCUUCUACCAACUGGAGAGACCAUGUGCAAGCCAUGCAAGAAAGGAAAGCUCUACAUACCUUACUGGCCCAAAAGCAGGAAGACCUGCCUCCCAAGAAAAUGAAAGACAGCUACAUAGAGGUCAUUUUGCCUCUAGGGAGCCAACCUGAAAUAAGAGAGAAAUAUUUGAAUGUACACAACAGUGUAAGGUUUGGAAGGAUUCUUGAAGAUCUUGACAGCUUAGGAGUUCUCAUUUGUUACACGCACACCAAGCAUGAAUCUCACCAGCGAUCUCCUUUAUCAAUAGUUACAGCCCUGGUGGAUAAAAUUAAUUUGUGCAAGAAGGUCAUAUACCCAGACUGUGAUAUCAAACUCACUGGCAGUGUUUCUUGGGUUGGGAAGACAUCAAUGGAAGUAAAGAUGCACAUGCUUCAGGAAUAUGAUGGUGUUUACAGCCCUGUAUUAGAUGCAACCUUUGUCAUGGUGGCUCGUGAUCCAGAAAACAAAAGGUCAGCAUUUGUUAAUCCGUUAAUUCCUGAUGGCCCAAGGGAGGAAGAAGUGUUCAAGCAAGGAGCAUUGAACAAGAUAAAGAGGACAGAUUUCAGCACUGCAUCCUUACUGAAAAUGGCUCCUACUGCAGAAGAAAGAAACAUUGUCCACAACAUGUUCCUUAAUACAUUGGAUACAAGGACAGUAAGUUUUCGGAGCCGUGUGCUACCACCUAAUUCAGUGUGGAUGGAGGAUGCGAAGUUAAAGGGCUUGCAAAUCUGUCAUCCCCAGGAGCGGAACAUUUUCAAUAGGAUCUUUGGCGGUUUUCUGAUGAGAAAAGCAUUUGAGCUGGGAUGGGCUACUGCCUGCAAUUAUGGAGGUUCAAGACCUUUCAUUGUGUCUGUAGAUGACAUCAUGUUUCAGCGACCAGUAGAGAUUGGAUCCUUAUUAUUACUUUCUGCCCAGGUUUGUUACACAGAAAAAAACUAUAUCCAGAUAAGAGUACACAGUGAGGUUUAUGACACAGACACCAAGGAACACAAGACAACCAACAUCUUCCAUUUCACGUUUAUGUCAGAAAAUGAAGUUCCUCAGAUUGUGCCAAAAACAUAUGGUGAGUCCAUGUUGUAUUUGGAUGGGAAGCGACAUUUCAAUGCAAUCAUGAAGGAAACCAGAGAAGCAAUGAAUGCCCCUGCAGCAGCCUAGCAAAAGGCUACGUUUUGGAGGAGCCAUCACCAAAGACUUC